GACCAGACCACAGACCAGACCACAAACCAGACCACUACACUUACAGACGCAGACAACACUAGACAGAGAGCUAUGGCUGGCACAUCUAACCUCUCCUUCAUCCUCAACAAGCCCCUCGAUGUCGAGUUCCAGGAGCGGCCGCGCCCCACGCUCAAGUCGCCCCACGACGUCAUCGUGGCCGUCAACUACACGGGCAUCUGCGGCUCCGACGUGCACUACUGGCAGCACGGCGCCAUCGGCCACUACGUCGUCAAGGACCCCAUGGUGCUGGGCCACGAGUCGGCCGGCACCGUCGUCGAGGCCGGCGCCGCCGUCACCACGCUCAAGGUCGGCGACCGCGUCGCCCUCGAGCCCGGCUACCCCUGCCGCCGCUGCCGCGCCUGCCUCGGCGGCCACUACAACCUAUGCCCCGACAUGGUGUUCGCCGCCACCCCGCCCUACGACGGCACGCUGGCCGGCUUCUGGGCCGCCCCUGCCGAUUUUUGUUACCGCCUGCCUGACGCCGUCUCGCUGCAGGAGGGCGCCCUGAUCGAGCCGCUGGCCGUCGCCGUCCACAUUGUGCGCCAGGCCCAGGUCUCGCCCGGCCAGUCCGUCGUCGUCAUGGGCGCCGGGCCCGUGGGUCUGCUGGUCGGCGCCGUCGCCCGCGCGUUCGGCGCCACCACCGUCGUCGCCGUCGACAUUGUGCCGUCCAAGCUCGAGUUCGCCAGGUCGUUCGCCGCCACCCACACGUACCUGUCGCAGCGCGUCGCCCCCGAGGAGAACGCGCGCAACAUCCUCGCCGAGGCCGGUCUGCCUGCGGGUGCCGACGUCGUCAUUGACGCCUCGGGCGCCGAGCCGUCCAUCCAGGCCAGCCUGCACGUCGUGCGCGUCGGCGGCACGUACGUGCAGGGCGGCAUGGGCAAGCCCGACAUCACCUUCCCCAUCAUGGCGCUGUGCCUCAAGGAGGUGACGGCGCGCGGCUCGUUCCGGUACGGCAGCGGCGACUACAAGCUGGCCAUCGACCUGGUCGCCGCCGGCCGCAUCGACGUCAAGCGGCUGGUCGAUGGUGUCGUUGCCUUUAAGGACGCCGAGGAGGCCUUCCGGAAGGUGCACGGGGGCAAGGUCAUCAAGAUUCUGAUCGCGGGGCCCAACGAGAAGAUCGAGGGCGACAAGCUCGACACGGCGGCACCGGCGGCGGCACCGGCACCUGCUGAGGGCGCGGCCGAGGCAGCGGGCUGCUGCUAAGUUGCCGGGGCUGCUGCUAGCUGGGGUCUAGGGGGCUGCCUGGGGCUGCCUGGGGCGGC